CGGCCGGUUCGGGGGUGCGUUGCCCGGAGACGGAAAGUUUGGGAGCCAGAGCAGGCUCGGCUGCGGCCCCGGGGAGGGGGUGCAGGGGGCGGCGGCGCUGGGGAUGGGGAAAGAGCAGGAGCUGCUGGAGGCGGCCCGCACCGGGCACCUCCCGGCUGUGGAGAAGCUGCUGUCCGGGAAGCGGCUUUCCUCGGGCUUCGGCGGCGGCGGCGGCUCCGGGGGCGGCGGCGGCGGCAGCUCCGGGGGCAGCGGCGGCCUCGGCUCCUCCAGCCACCCCCUCUCCAGUUUGCUCAGCAUGUGGAGAGGGCCAAAUGUGAACUGCGUUGACAGCACUGGCUAUACACCGCUGCACCACGCCGCUCUGAAUGGCCACAAGGAUGUGGUCGAGGUUCUUCUGAGGAACGACGCGCUGACCAAUGUGGCUGACUCUAAAGGCUGUUACCCCCUGCACUUGGCAGCCUGGAAAGGAGAUGCCCAGAUAGUGCGCUUGCUCAUCCACCAAGGGCCCUCGCACACCAAAGUCAAUGAACAGAAUACUCUUGAGAGCAAAGAACUCAAAAAGUACGGCCCCUUUGACCCUUAUAUCAAUGCCAAGAACAACGACAACGAGACGGCCCUGCAUUGCGCUGCGCAGUAUGGCCACAGGGAGGUGGUAAAGGUGCUCUUGGAGGAGCUCACGGACCCCACCAUGCGCAACAACAAAUUCGAGACCCCUCUGGACCUGGCAGCACUCUAUGGGCGGCUGGAGGUGGUGAAGAUGCUGCUGAACGCCCACCCCAACCUCCUGAGCUGCAACACCAAGAAGCACACGCCUCUGCACCUGGCGGCGCGGAACGGCCACAAGGCUGUGGUCCAGGUCCUCCUCGAUGCUGGCAUGGAUAGCAACUACCAGACGGAGAUGGGCAGUGCUUUGCAUGAGGCUGCUUUGUUUGGCAAGACCGAUGUGGUGCAAAUCCUGCUGGCUGCAGGAAUUGAUGUCAACAUAAAAGAUAACCAUGGACUGACUGCCCUAGACACUGUCCGGGAGCUGCCUUCCCAGAAGAGCCAGCAGAUAGCAGCACUUAUUGAAGAUCACAUGACUGGAAAAAGAAGUGCAAAAGACAUAGAUAAAACCUCCACACCCCAGCCGCCUUUCCUCUCUGGCAUGGACUCUGUAUCGAAGAAGUCUCAGGGUGACACGGAGAAAGUGGUGACUGAGCUGAUCAUCGAUUUUGAUACCAGCGCCGAAGAAGAGGGACCCUACGAGGCUCUGUACAAUGCCAUCUCCUGCCACUCGCUGGACAGCUCGACCAGCGGCCGGUCAUCGGACCGAGAGUCCACAAGCAGGGAGGCCGAGGCUGCCGGCCCAAGGACUGCUGGAGUGAGGCCUAGAGAACGUCCGCCGCCUCCAGCAAAACCGCCGCCUGAUGAAGAGGAGGAAGAUCGCAUAGAUAAGAAGUAUUUUCCCUUGACAGCUUCUGAGGUAGAGGACUUGUUUUGUUUUCUUUUGGUACCAGGGAUUGAACUCAGGACCUUGGCUCAAGGGAGCGCAGCCCAGGAAGAGGACGAGCACCCUUACGAGCUGCUCUUAACGGCGGAGACAAAGAAGCUGGUGUCGAUAGACGGAAAAACGAAAGACCACAGGCAGAGUGGCGGCGGCGGGAGCCAGGACUCUGUGGAGGGGCACGACGGGCAGGUCCCAGAGCAGUUCUCAGGUCUCCUCCACGGCUCCUCCCCGGUGUGUGAGGUGGGGCAGGACCCUUUCCAGCUGCUGUCUGCCUCAGGCCAGAGCCAUCCAGACGGGUCCCUGCAGCAGGCUGCCUGCCACGAGGCCAGCAUGCAGCUGGAGGAGACGGGUGUGCACCCUCCUGGAGUUUCCCAGCCGGGCAGCCUGGACCAGAGCAAGAGCACAGGCUACGCAGCAGGCCUGCCCUCUGCCAGCAGCCGAUCGCACCCCGAAACUUUGACUCACACUGCGCCCCCGCACCCUGCUGGUGCUGAGGAAGGAACCCGGAGCGGGGCCAGAAGCCGAGCCCCUCCCACCAGCAAACCCAAAGCUGAGCUCAGACUCAGCCGAAGUUUAUCCAAGUCUGACUCUGAUCUACUGACCUGCUCACCCACGGAGGACACAGCGAUGGGGAGCCGGAGCGAGUCUCUGUCCAACUGCAGCAUUGGGAAGAAGAGGCUGGAGAAGUCACCCUCCUUCGCCUCGGAGUGGGAUGAGAUUGAGAAGAUCAUGAGUUCCAUUGGAGAAGGGAUCGACUUUUCUCAGGAACAGCAGAGGAUCUCAGGUUCGCGGAAGCUGGAGCAGAGCGUCGGAGAGUGGCUGGAGUCUCUCGGGCUGCAGCACUAUGAGAGCAAGUUGCUCCUGAAUGGCUUUGACGAUGUCCGCUUCCUGGGGCCUAAUGUGAUGGAAGAGCAGGACCUGCGGGAGAUCGGCAUCAGCGACCCCCAGCACCGGCGGAAGCUGCUCCAGGCUGCGCGCUCCCUACCCAAGGUGAAGGCCCUGGGCUAUGAUGGGCACAGCCCCCCGUCAGUGCCCUCCUGGCUGGACUCCCUGGGCUUGCAGGACUACGUCCACUCCUUCCUGUCCAGCGGCUACAGCUCCAUUGACACUGUGAAGAACCUCUGGGAGCUGGAGCUGGUCAAUGUCCUGAAGGUCCACCUGCUAGGCCACCGCAAGCGCAUCAUCGCCUCCCUAGCAGACAGGCCCUACGAGGAGCCGCCGCAGAAGCCGCCGCGGUUCUCCCAGCUGCGAUGCCAAGACCUGCUCUCCCAGACGUCGUCCCCCCUGAGCCAGAACGAUUCCUGCACCGGGCAGUCAGCAGACCUGCUGCUGCCUUCAGGGGACACAAGCAGGCGGCGGCACGACGGCCUUCAGGACCCCGCGGCCCCACCUCAAGCCGAGCCCUUCAGAGUCCAGGAGGAACCCCGCGAGGCCAAGCUGACCCUGCGGCCACCCAGCCUGGCCGCCCCCUGUGCCCCAGUGCAGAGCUGGCAGCACCAGCCGGAGAAACUCAUCUUCGAGUCCUGUGGUUAUGCGGCCAAUUACCUGGGGUCCAUGCUCAUCAAAGACCUGCGAGGGACAGAGUCCACUCAAGACGCCUGUGCCAAGAUGCGGAAAUCCACCGAGCACAUGAAGAAGACCCCCACCAUCAUCCUGUCCAUCACGUACAAGGGCGUCAAGUUCAUCGACGCUUCCAACAAGAACGUCAUUGCAGAGCACGAGAUCCGGAACAUUUCCUGUGCGGCCCAGGACCCAGAGGACCUGUGCACCUUCGCCUACAUCACCAAGGACCUACAGACCAGCCACCACUACUGCCACGUCUUCAGCACGGUGGAUGUGAACCUGACAUACGAAAUCAUCCUGACGCUGGGCCAGGCAUUCGAGGUGGCCUACCAGCUGGCCCUGCAGGCCCAGAAGUCCCGGCCGACGGGGGCCGCCGUGGCCGACACGAUCGAGACGAAAGCCUCCAAACCGGUGCCCAAGCCUCGGGCUGGCGUGAGGAAGUCCGCAGUGCUGCUGCCCCCCGAUAGUCGCUGUUGUUACUGUCACACCUGCACCACCCACCGUCCUUCCUGCCUACCGCUGCCGUCUGUUAGUCCUGGAGUCCAGCUGGAGCCACCUGACAUGGACCAGGAGGUCCAGUCCCACGCCAGUGUCUCCUGGAUCGUGGACCCAAAGCCAGACUCUAAGCGGAGCCUCAGCACCAAGUAUGAGACCACUAUCUUCUAACAGCACCCUGCUCCUAGUCUCACUGUGCCUUUGCCACCGGGCUUUCUGCUGCCUCAGCUCCUCCAGCUGCGCCGCCUCGGCCCCGGUUCCAUGGGGACCCGCACUCCUCCCGGCAGCAGUUCCCGACACCACACUCACAGCUCUCUACCUACACCACCGAACACUGUGAAUCCUCCCCCGGGCUGAGGACAGGGGGGCGAGUGGCCUUUAAGGUGGGCACCGAAGGGAGCCUCUGGACAGGCACUGUGAACCUGAGGGCAGGAGUGCUCUCCUGUCUCCGUCCUGAGCCACAGCCAGGCUCCGAGCUGACUGUUUCUGCCUUUCCUGACCCAACCAGCCACUGUGACCACCUGGGAGAGUCCCCUGCACUGCUCACAGUGGCCGCUCCCAGGUGCUGGCCUGUCCCGUGGUGAGGCCCCCGAGGCCUCAGCUCAGUGACGUGGCCUGACUGGGCACACUGCUUUCUUUGAGGGCCGAAGGUCUGGGCUGGUCACGUGCGGGCCGCCUAGCAGGUUCCUUGGUCCUGGUGGGCCUUCCGGGCCACGGAACAGGGUGCGAACAUGGCUGGCCCUGGUCCCGCCAUUGCAUCCCAGGCUCUGCAGGGCCAGCUUGGAGGCGGCUGGGCCCUGCAUGAGCACCUUCUGCCCUCACAGAACAGCUCCAGAGCCAGGGGCCUGGGCCAAGCACCAUCCAGAGUUUGCAGGAGCUUUCCGCCACCUCUCCCAGGGGGGUCCAAGCUAGACUCAGCCUGCCCCACACCCUGCCCCGCCUCCCUGGCUCUCCCUCCUGGGAGGCUCAGCCCUCCCAGGCAGCGCGGCCACUGCUACGGGGCUGCACCUGCAGGAGCCCAUGUUCCCACUGUGGGCAGUUGGCAUAGUGAGAAAGGAGGUAGGAAGAGCUGCAAGUGGAGCACAGUCCCGGGUGAGAGCCAGCAGCCAGGGUGAAGAGCCAGGGCAGGUCCUUGGCGCCCCCGCCCUGUGCCUUCCCCAGCAGGUGACCGGGCCAUGGAGGGUGCGCUGGGCGGCUGUGAGGGACCCUCUGUCUGCUUCUGUGCUCCUUUUCGUUUCUUCCACCUUGUCCAAGCCCCCCGUCGUUAACCCUGUCCUCCUCCCAUUGUUUGCUUCUGCCAAGCUGAGCCACGAGGAACCACACUGCUGCGGAAACAGACGUGGGGAGCCCAGGCUCCUGCCACCGUCGAACCUUGGGCCUGCAGCUCUGAAGACCAGGCCCUGCCCUGCCUGCGGGACCCACUCCCGGCCACGGCCUGGCCCCUGGCAGAUGAGACUGGAACUCCGGAGGGUCAAGAUGAUGUGACCUGUCCACAAUACACGUUUUUACUAGAAAAAAAUUUUAUAAAGUGAACUUUUAACACUUGGCUCAAACCUCUAGGUAAACUGCCAAUCCUUAGAUGGUCGUGGGAUCAGAGGACGGGGGAGCUGAGAUUGGUCCACAGCCCAGUUGUCCAUGCAGCCCUGUCCUCAGAGUGGGGCUCAGCGCAGCUGGGGUGUGAGAAGCCAGCAACCAGCCCAAGGGGAGCAGAAAGGAGCAGGUGCAGCAGAGCCGAGCACGUGUGUUUGAGGCUGCUUUUCAAACCCCACCGAGGUAGCUGCUGUUCAAACUGUCCAACUUCUUGUCCUUGUUUUGAGCUACUUGGGCUCUUCACUAAGGACACAGCCUCAGGUGCCUGAGCAAAGCAGAGUUUGCUCUGUUUCCGGAGUUCCAAAUGCAAAGCGAAGGUCCAGUGGCUGCUGGAGAGAAGUGAGUCAUUCCUGGUGCCAGGAAGCCAUGGCUGGGCCAGGAGCUCCUCCACUCUCGCUCGUUGGUGGGCAGAGCUCCCCCUGGGGCCAGCUGCCCAAGCUUUCUUGCUCUCUAGAGACGUCUCGUUGGUAGAACAGGCAGCUUCGUCUGGAGCAUUAAUGGGUAGGUCAGCGGAGAUGGCUACUUGCCACCUUGUGAUGUGUCGAGUCAGGUCUGUGAUUAGGGCUUGUUCUGAGUCUCGGACUGUUCUUGACUGUUGUAUUCUCUGCUGCUGGGCUCAACCCUGGCUCAAGGUAUGGAGAAGGUAGAUCAGAGGACAGUCCGUUUCACGCCCCUCAAAGUGUGGCCUUGACAGCAGGCUGCUGCAUAGCCCUUCCUGCCAGCUUGCUUUGCUUUCAGCUGUAAGUGGGGCUUCCUUCUUGCCUCAAGGACAAAGGGGCUGGCUCUGUAGGGCAGCAAGGCCAAGCCGGGGCAGCCGUUUGUCCCCCUGGGGGAGAGGCACUGCCUUGGGUUUCCUGGCCCUGGUCCUUUUGGUCCCAGGAGGAACCUUCCAGCUGCAGAGGCUUGCAGUGCAGUUCAGAGUGCUCUUGGGCACCCUCACAACCCUGUGGGUGGCCUGGAGAAGGAGGGCUUGUCAUCCGAUAGGCUGUGUGGGCUGAGUGCCCCACACAGCGGGUACUGGGGUGCCGCCCAUGGUGGAGGCAGGUUGCCCUCCAAACUUAGGUACUAACCGGGACCCUGGCACCUUGAGGCUGCACUUUGUUGCCUGCCUCUCAGGCCUGAAAGGGUCCUCAGCAACUCGUCCUUGCAGGAGUCCCGGAGACCAAAGGCCCUGCAGGCGGGCGGAGGUCCCGAAAACUCUACGACACUACAACCAGCUCCUCACACUAUCUGAUGUCUUUAAAUCACAUGUAGGCAUUUUUCCCCUUGAAGCUGCUAUAUCGUCAUUAUUUAUUCAGGGUGUUUUCGUGUCGGAAAGCCCUGGCGAGGCUGCGCUGGCUCUGGGUCUUGUUUUGAGAUGGAGGUUGGUUUAUUUCAGAAUGUUCAAUAAAGAAAAGUGAGUGGAUCACUCUGCUCUGGCUAGCUUGCUCGCUCGCUCUCUCCCUGUGCCCCUCCUCCUGGAAAGGGGCAGUGUGGCUGCAAGGACAGGCUCCGGGGAAAGGCCCUGCUCCACACUGCUCUUGAGUGCAGGUCACUCGGCAUGGCAGCCCCUCAGGCGCCCGAGAGAGGAGCUCCCACUCCAGGCCUCCCGCUCGCCGCCUUGCUCCUGCCACCUCUGCCUUCAGCACUGCCCGCCUCAGGUCUGGGUCUGAGCUGCUGGGUGGCGCAGAGUGGCCAUCGUCAGGACGUCAGGACCUGCGCAGCCUGCAGAGCACUGUGGCUCCUGCUGUGGCAAUGGACUGAACUGUAAUAAAAUGUUAUUUAAUCUUUGUCUCUGUAUUUUGAUACUUGAAUGAUUUCCCUUUUGUUUUACUGUACAUAUAAUUGUUAAUCUGAUUUUGUCUGAAUUAUAAACAUCUUGUGGUACCAAACAUAACCAAUCUGUGCAACAACAUAGACUGACCUCACUACACACAAGAGUGUAAAUCGUCCUGGGCUUCCAGCUUUGGUUUUGUUAUUUUCAUAACUGUACAACUUAGAAGAGACUGAAUUAAUAAAUGAGACGUGACAUAAAGCCAGCCUAACUUGUU